UAUGAAGAAGAAUCAGAAUCUGGAUAAUCAAACUUAUAACCCGUAUUAUCGCCAGGAGGACGAUCAAGUUCAGCCAAGUUACCCACAAGUUCCAACAGCCCAGAAUCCGAAUGAUGGACAUUCGCAAAAUGUACCAUCUGGAUAUCCAGUAAACAAUUAUGGAGGUGGAUAUCCCCAGGAUUCUUAUGGAGGGUAUCCUCAGCAGAACUAUGGAGGGCAUCCUCAGCAGAACUAUGGAGUUCAUCCCCAGAACAACGCAGGUGGUUAUCCUCAAAACCAGGGAGCAUACCCAUUAGUGGCUCCUCAAGAUGUCAUGCACAAGCAUGGCUCUAAGAAUAAGUCUAAAAGAGAAGAAUCUGGGUUUCAUUCUGAUGAAGGUGACUCAGAAGGAGCCCUAGACUGCUUUAGUAAGAUGAAAGGAGACUCUGGCCGCCAAGGAUUUGUACAAAAGGUUUUUGGAAUAAUGGGUGUCCAAGUACUAUUUACAGCACUUUUUACUUACUGGGUCAUCAGUGAUUAUGGUAGGAUGCAGUUUUGCAUUGACAAUAUGUGGCUAUACUUCGUAUGUGUUGCUGGUACUGUUGCUAUAAUGUGUGCUUUGAUGUGUAUUCAGAAAGCUGCAAGAAAUUUUCCAGUAAAUUAUAUUUUGCUGGGGAUAUUUACUCUUUUAGAGUCAUAUGUUGUGGCAACUAUCGCUUCUAUGUAUGAGCCUCAGUCUGUUUUCUUGGCUGCAUGUUAUGCAGUAGGAUUGUUUACAAUUCUUACAAUUUAUGCAUGCUCUACUAAAGGAGACAUUGGGUGCAUGGGGCCACUUAUUUGGGUAUCAAUGGGAUUAGGACUCUUGACAUUUAUCUUAUACUUCCUUUUCCCAAGCCACAUAAUGCACCUAAUUUUCUGUUGGGUUGGCCUUAUCUGUACCUGUAUCUAUGUUAUCUACGAUGUUUACCUAAUCACUGAAAAGCACGGUCUUUCAUAUGAUGACUACAUUAUUGGAGCCUUAUUAAUCUACACUGACCUGAUCUCUCUAUUCAUCUAUAUUCUUUCCAUCAUUGGAGACAAAAGAUAAUGAAUAAAUAUUAAAAGUCCAGCUUCAAUUUUCUUUCUG